UUUUCCCUUCAUCCCGUUAGCUGACUAGCUGGUGUCUUCGGAAUACAGUGGUGCGAUAUUUUAGCAAAUACCACUUCGUGAUAGGUAGCUGCUUAGCUAAAUUAACUGUGUGUCAACAUUGCUUGAAUAAUUAGCUAAGUACUGCUGUAAACGUUUUGGUCAGGGUGUCUAAUAAACUAGCAAACCUGGGUUAGUUUUCUAGCCUGCUAACGUCAGUCCUCAGGUCGUCGGACCCAAAGAUUUUUCAGAACUUCAGGUCGCUAGAUAAAGUUAUCCGAGGUUUUGUGUCAGCCAUGGGGAACCGGGGGAUGGAAGAGCUCAUUCCCCUUAUCAAUAAACUGCAAGAUGCGUUCAGCUCCAUUGGACAGAGCUGUAAUCUGGACCUGCCGCAGAUCGCUGUGGUCGGUGGACAAAGCGCGGGGAAAAGCUCCGUGUUGGAAAACUUUGUCGGCAGGGAUUUUCUCCCACGUGGUUCGGGCAUUGUGACUCGAAGGCCCCUCAUCCUUCAGUUGGUAAACAGCAAAGCAGAAUAUGCAGAGUUCUUGCACUGUAAAGGCAGAAAGUUUGUGGACUUUGAAGAGGUGAGGAUGGAGAUCGAGGCUGAAACAGACCGUAUCACGGGCUCGAACAAGGGAAUCUCCCCUGUUCCCAUCAACCUACGAGUCUACUCACCUAAUGUGCUGAAUCUAACUCUGAUUGACCUUCCUGGUAUGACUAAGGUGGCAGUGGGGGACCAGCCGCAAGACAUCGAGUUCCAGAUCAGAGACAUGCUGUUACAGUUCAUCACCAGAGAGAGUUGUCUGAUUUUGGCUGUCACACCCGCCAACACUGACCUCGCCAAUUCAGACGCACUCAAAAUCGCCAAAGAGGUCGACCCCCAGGGUCUGCGCACCAUUGGUGUGAUCACCAAACUGGACCUGAUGGACGAAGGCACAGACGCCAGAGAGAUCCUGGAGAACAAACUGCUGCCCCUGCGGAGAGGCUACAUCGGCGUGGUGAACCGCAGUCAGAAGGAUAUUGACGGCAGAAAGGACAUCCGCUCUGCUCUGGCUGCGGAGAGGAAGUUCUUCUUGUCUCAUCCUGCCUACAGACACAUGGCAGAGAGGAUGGGAACACCGCACCUGCAGAAAUCUCUCAACCAGCAACUGACCAACCACAUCCGGGACACUCUGCCUGGCCUACGCAGUAAACUACAGAGUCAGCUGCUCUCUCUGGAGAAAGAGGUGGAGGAGUACAAGAACUUCAAACCAGACGACCCCACCCGUAAGACCAAGGCCCUGCUGCAGAUGGUGCAGCAGUUUGGGGUAGACUUUGAGAAGCGUAUCGAGGGUUCAGGUGAUCAGGUGGACACUCUAGAACUUUCUGGAGGAGCCCGGAUCAACCGCAUCUUCCAUGAACGCUUCCCCUUCGAGCUCGUCAAGAUGGAGUUUGAUGAGAAGGAGUUGAGGAGGGAGAUCAGCUAUGCCAUUAAGAACAUACAUGGCGUGAGGACGGGCUUGUUCACCCCUGACCUGGCGUUUGAGGCCAUAGUGAAAAAGCAGAUCAUUAAGUUGAAGGAGCCCUGUCUCAAAUGCAUUUACCUGGUCAUCCAGGAGCUCAUCAGCACAGUCAGGCAGUGCACCAACAAGUUGAGUUCCUACCCGCGACUGAGGGAGGAGACUGAGAGGAUAGUCACGACCUACAUCAGAGAGAGGGACAGCAAGACUAAAGACCAGGUUAUGUUGUUGAUUGACAUUGAGCUGUCCUACAUCAACACUAAUCAUGAGGACUUCAUUGGUUUUGCCAAUGCCCAGCAGAGUUCUAAAGUGAACAAGAAGAGGACUGUGCCAAACCAGGUGAUCAGACGAGGUUGGCUGACGAUCAACAUUAGCAUAAUGAAGGGCGGGUCUAAAGACUACUGGUUUGUCCUCAGUGCUGAGUCUCUGUCCUGGUACAAGGAUGAGGAGGAGAAAGAGAAGAAAUACAUGCUUCCUCUUGAUAACCUGAAGAUCAGAGAUGUGGAGAAGGGCUUCAUGUCUACUAAGCACACUUUCGCCAUUUUCAACACUGAGCAGAGGAACGUGUAUAAAGACUUGCGUCAGAUUGAGUUGGCCUGUGACUCCCAGGAGGAUGUAGACAGCUGGAAAGCUUCCUUCCUGAGGGCGGGAGUGUAUCCUGAGAAAGACCAGGUGGAGAGUGAGGAAGGUGCUCCGGCUGACACCUUCUCUAUGGACCCCCAGCUGGAGAGGCAGGUGGAGACCAUCCGCAACCUGGUGGACUCCUACAUCAGCAUUGUCAACAAGAGCAUCAGGGACCUUAUGCCCAAGACCAUCAUGCACCUGAUGAUCAACAGUGCUAAGGAGUUCAUCCACUCGGAGCUGCUGGCUUACCUCUACUCUUGUGCGGAUCAGAACAGUCUGAUGGAGGAGUCGGCAGACCAGGCCCAGCGCCGGGACGAGAUGCUGCGUAUGUACCACGCCCUCAAGGAGGCGCUCCACCUGAUCGGAGACAUCAGCACCUCCACCAUCUCCACCCCGCUGCCUCCACCUGUGGAUGACACCUGGCUACAGAGAGACCCCAGCCCUCCUGCUCAGCACAAGCCUUCUCCAGCAACAGCGCCGCCACCUGGGCGCCCACCUGCAGUGCGGGGCCCCACUCCAGGCCCACCUCCUGCAAACCCUGCCCCUUCCUUUGUAGCCCCACCUAUCCCCUCCCGUCCUGGUCUGCCUCUUGUUAAUGCCAAUGCCUAUGGAGGUGGGACUCUGGAGCCAUUCCCCGCCCCCCCACCUCAGAUCCCCUCUCGGCCCACAAGAGUGCCACCCUCCCUCCCACCUGGAGUACCCAGCAGAAGACCUCCAGCAGCUCCUAACAGACCCACUAUUAUCCGCCCAUCAGAGCCGUCCCUGUUGGACUAGAAGAAAAACACACACCACACACACACACACAGCGCUUAUGGUGUGGGUGUGUGUUUUCAUUAUAACUAGCAUGGGCAAGAGUAUGUGUGCACGUGCGUGUGCUGGGGAGAUUUUCAGCCCAUAUCUUGCCAUUCUGCAAAGCACUUAGAUUAUUUUGUAAGCCGACUGGAUUAGUCUGAUUAUCUCGUAAACUGAUUGAUUAAUUCUUUACUAAAACACACUUUUUCAUAUUGUCAUAAAAAGUGAUUCCUGCAAAACCUUUAUUGAGCUUUAAAUAUCUGAUGGGGAGUCAUGGAUGGAGAAGGGAGAACAGUAAUCAACAUUAACAAAUCAAUAGUGUAACAUGGCUUGUUGCUCAGCUAUUUAAAUAUGAAAUAUGUAUCAUUUCUUGACUUUUUUUCCCUAUCCUUUGAAAAUUAACCUUUUUAGAUAUCUUCACAAUUUUCUUUUUGUAAGUUUCUGUCCAUGCCAUAGCACACGCGUGCCCUAUUGACUAAUAACUGCCAUAUAUUGGGGAUUAAUAUCUCAUCCCUGUGCCUUAGACACUAAUUAAUGACUCAUCACUGUGCCUUAGAGGGGAAUUACUAUGUUAACAAAUGCAUUUCAAACUAACCAAAACAUAUCAGAAUUACUAGAAAACUAUGUUAAUUAAUUAUUUUUAUAUGUUGAUAUUGGCCUGCUGUGCAUAAUUUUCUAUCUUACCCUCUGAUAUGCCACUACACUAUACCACACUACUAAUUAUUAAUCCCAACUGGAAAUGAGUCAUGUCUUUUACAACUGCCUUAAGUAUAACACUCCGUUUUUGGUUUGUUGAAUUGUUUUUUUACUUUCCAAAUGUGCUUUGUAAAUGUAUUUUUACCAUCUGAGGUGUAUGUACAUAUUUAUAAUUCUUUGAUGCAUAUCCUACACCUAACUCUGCAGGAAUUUUUUUAACACAAUGGAUUGACUUUUUUUCUGAAACCUUUUGACCCAGGGAAUAUUCAUUACCUAGCACACCUAGGAGAGAGAGGUUUAAUGUGGAGCUGAUCUGCCACUGUGUGCUGAAGUCCACUACACCAAAUCCCAUGACCUGAAGGUUACACCCUCCCUCCCUGCUGAUCAUGUUUGACCAAGUGCUUUACUUGUGGGUUCAAAGUUUGUGCUGAGACCAUUAUGCAGUUAAUGAUGCGAUGAGGUACAGUGAGUCCUUUGCCCUGAAGCCCAUUUCACAUCUGGGCCAUAGACAAGAGCUUGUGAAAUGUGUCUGUAAUUUCAAUUACUUAAAGUAUUGGUUUGUUUGCUUCUACAGAAAUACAUAUUUGUGUACUUAUUUUCCCAUAGUCUAAGUGCAAAUUGCACCACAUGGUGGCUUUUCAUGCCUGCCUGGGUGGGGGUUGGAGGUUUUGUUUUGUUUUUUUUUGGUUUGUUUGUCUGUUUUUGUUUUGUUUUAAGACGCUGUAUGACAUCUUGAAUUGUAUUUUGAUUGUCUUAAGUGCCUCCUUUAAUAAGUGCCUCCUCGCUGAGAAGAAUGAUGCAGACAAAUGUAAAAAGAAUGAGUAACUGGAAAAAGGGUUAAAUAAAUGAGAUUUAACUGCUUAA